ACCCUGCCUUCUCUUCCUCUUCCUUCCCGUUCAAACCUCUCUCUCUCUCUCUCUCUCUCUAAAUCCAAUCACUGUCGUCUUGAUCUACCUCCUCCUUCCUUUCGUUCUUUCAUACAAAUACAGUGCUACCAAAAACCAACAUUAUCAAUUCCUCAUUCGCGUCAAUAUUCCCAUCAUCCCACACCCAACAGGAAUUCAACUCAACACACAACCCAACAGCCUCAGCUUCCCCACCGCUUCCGCUUCACCCAAAUCCCUCCAACCCGCAAAACAAUACCAAAUUCAAUACCAUUUCUGAUUUCUACUCUCCAGUUCAACCCCAAAAAGAAGAUGGCCAUGGCCAUGGCCGCACAGUCAUCCUGUUUCUCCCCUUUCUCUCGUGUAUUGGCUGCAGAGCUGAGCCAAAACUUUUAGCCUAGAGAAGAGACAGACACAGAGAGAGGGUCCGUGGGCGUGUCUUGAAAUGCUAAAUUUGAUUUUGAAACUUUCUUCCCAAUUCUGCCAUCAAAGUCUGCAGCAUAACUGUGCAGUUGGAUCAUCGGUGACCGUGGUUCGUGACUAGAGCAAGUGAAGCCAGCCUGAAUUGCCUGGUUGAUUCGGAGAAAUAAUUCACGUAACUGGAGAUAGAUUUAUGCUUUCUUUGCUGGAAUCCUGGACUCUGAUAUGAAACUACUCCACAUUUGAGAGAUCUGAAGAGUUACCUUGCGCUAUCAAUUGGAGUUGCAGAUUGGUGCCUGGAUCUGGUGGAUUUGGUUGUAGCAGCUAUCCGAUUCCUCGGACAGAUAUUAAUUUGUUGAAUGAUUGCUGGACAAAUAGUUGCUGAAACAGAAUUGAGAACGUCGUCGUCGUCGUCGUCAAACGGAGGUGUGAUUCGCUGGCAAGAUCAUAUGAUGGACAUGAGAAGAAAAAACGCCGCCGGUGCUCUUCAAGGAGCGAAGGGGAGGCCUAACCAGAAAAUAGAGUAUGGCCGUCGAACGUACACCCAAGGGCAGGGGCACGGCAGGAGGAUGUUUCCAGCGGCGGCGGCCAGCUAUUUCAACAUGGAGUCGAUGCUUCUGCUGAGCUGCCUGACGGUGUCGCUGCUGAUACUGCCGCUAAUACUGCCGCCAUUGCCGCCUCCGCCAUUCAUGCUGCUGCUGCUGCCCAUUGCCAUUCUGGCGGUGCUUAUGGUGUUGGCUUUCAUGCCUUAUAAUGUUCGAGAUGUUACUAAUACGUAUAUGUAAAACCAUUUCCCUUCCCUUUCGCACAUACCAUGCCAUACAUUUCGUUUCACCCGCGUCCUUCCCCAUCCAUAAUCGAAGAGUUCCAAUUUUCCUUUUUGUUUUGGUUAUUUCUUUCAAGUGUUCAGAAGAGUGAAAGGAAAUACAUAUUUUUGUC